AUGAUAAAGAAGGAUGCAAGUAUCAAUGAAAAUGAUGAACAAGGCAACAGUGUAAGUGACGAAUUUCAAGAGGACGAUACAAGUGACGAGGAUGACAUAGGUGAUGAACUUAAAGAGGACGACAUAUGUGUUAAACUUCAAGAGUAUGACAUAGAUGAUGAAGAGAGUGGUGGAGAUGAUGAUGAUACACAAAAAGAGAGGGGAGAUUAUACCAAAAUCCUCUCAAGAAGAAACAACCCUAUAGAAAGGAAAAUCAAACCUGGUGAAGCUGGUACUAAUGAAGUAAGAAAUGAUAACCAAGGUGGUGAGGGCAGUUAUAUUAGUGGAAAAGCUGGAGCCAAUUCUGUUGUUGAAGAAGUUUUUAUGGAGGAGGUUAUAGGUGAGAAAGUAGAUGUCAAUAAUGAAGGUGUUAUGGAAGAUACUGAGAAUGAGGGUACUAAUGAGGUAAAAAAUGAUGACCAAGGUGCUGAAGAUGGUUAUAUUAGUGGAGAAGAUAAAGACUAUGUUCCAACUGAAGGUGAAAGUGAAACUAAAACUGAUUUUGUUAUACCUGUUGAAAGAGAAGAAUGGGAUUGGACACAUGAAUUACAUACUAGGAGAUUUGCUAGGAAUAAUCAAGAGGGUGGUAAAUUGAAUGAAACACAAGCUGCCUAUGAAUAG